CUUGAGGUUAAGCGACAUCUAUCAUAUGUUGGCUUCCCAUGUGCUUUUGGCUGGCAGACGAGUUUCACAUUAUUUUUUUGUUUUUAAUGUUUUACUUAUUGAUGAAAUGCAGCAACAGUUCUGAAAUUUUAUUUUCCCAUCACGGAAAGAGACAGUGGAUGACAUCGAGCAAAAUGGAAUUCAUUUGAAAUCGUAUUUUUGGCUCAUCGUGCAAUUAACUUGGCAACGUCCUUGGUGGUGGUGUCAAUGUGAAGAAGGAUUCACAACGUCAUUUACUAUAGUUAGUAGUUAUUGAGUUUGUAUUGUUACUAUCUAAAAGAUCACCCAAAUAGAAUAUUUUUGGCUGAAAAAAUGAACGCUGCUCAGAUGCAAAGUGCAUCGCUGGACCAGCAAAUGAGAGUGUCCAGAGACUUCUUCUCAAUUUACAACCAAAUGACAGAUAAUUGCUUCAGCCGUUGUGUGUCUAACUUUAACUACAAUCAGUUGACUAAAGAUGAGGCAAGCUGUAUCCACAGCUGUUGUGAUAAACUUGUAAAAAUGAACCACAGAGGCAUGGCUAUUUUCAUGGAUGUGCAAACUAAAAAACAGCAGGCCAUGAUGGAGCAAGUGACCCAAAUGGAACAGCAGCAACAGAAUCAAGAUCAGACAGUGCUGCCAUCUAUUGGUUCAGAAACUAAACAAAGCACAUGAUGUUAGAGUUUCACUUUCAUCUUGGACAUAAUAACAAAUACUCGUAAUUUUGUCCAUGCUUUCAUAUGGAGAUAAACAUAGAACUGUGGAGUUUAUUUUACAACCAAAAUGGGCAAAAAUCAUUUGAAAAAAUGUGAAAGUAAUUUUAGAGUGUUAAAUGUAUGUUUUGUGGAAUGCAUCUGUAU